CUGAUCUCCCUCCGCCCCACGAAUACAGAUACACCACAAGCAGUUCUCUAAUAUUGUUACGGUUGUGAUUUUAUAGGCAUUCGAGGUUAAUAUUGCCAAAAGCUUGUUUUUCUACCAAAUCCUCGUUUUGUUAAGUGUUCUUACUAUCUAUAAGAUCUAGAGAUUACAUUCGGUAGUGAAGUUCUGUGUUUUAGUAAACAUGAAAGCUGCGGCGAUGUCGGUGUGGAUAUUCAUUAAUAUUUUGUGUUUCGGAAUGUGUGGCUAUUUGUACCUGAUCUGGUACCAGUACUGGAUGUACGAGGAGAAGCAGAGGAAUCUCACUAAGUCGGAUAAUCCACCCAAGACCAUGAUAUCCGGCGUUAAUUACGCGGCGGAAAGAAAUAUUUCUAAGAUUCUAUUGAAUUCUACAUUAAGAAUUGAGUUCCUUCGGAAAAAUCGCAGGUCGGCAGUUGGUGGCUUCUGGAGCAGUGGCGGGUCACGGCAGAUAUCGAAUAAGUCAUCGAGUUCAUACCACGUGCCGUCCAACAACAUAGUGAGGAAGAGCAACGGCAGCCCCAGGUUCCCGAACAUCGACCGACCCCUACUGGAGUUCGACAGUGAUAAAUACGUUUGCAACGACCUCACCUCCUCGGACUGUGAGGAACGAACCGCGAAAUUCAAAGAGCUCUUGUUGAAAGAGUUUCAUAGAGUGCUAAUGGGAGACAGUAAAGUGUUCACAUCAGGCUUAGAUGUUCACAAUACUUAUGAUGUUAAAUAUGACAGUAAUAGCCCGAAGAAGAGUUCCAGGGAGGAGGUGAUGUGCGCGUUGAAGAGUGUGGAGUUACGGACAGUUACCGCUGAUGAUGAACCGUUUGCGAGGCUCGGGUUCAAGAUCCCGAGGGCACCACUACAGGAGCAGCGCCAUUACAACACGUGUGCUGUUGUUACAAGCGCUGGAGCACUGCUGGGCUCGGAGUUAGGAGAGUUUAUAGAUUCUCACGACAUGGUAUUGAGAUUCAACAACGCGCCCACCGAGAAUUAUACCGAGAGUGUCGGCUCCAAGACCACUUUCAGAGUUCUCAAUUCGCAGGUGGUUGCAAAACCAGAAUUCAAUUUCAUGGAGGAUCCAUUGUACCGCAAUGUAUCCAUUAUCAUCUGGGAUCCGGCGAACUAUACGUCAACGUUAGAAGACUGGUAUCAUCAUCCGGACUACCCUUUAUUUCCUAUUUAUAAGAAGUUACUUGAUCGAUAUAAAAAUGCAGAUGUGCAUUUAUUAAAUCCGCAAGUUCUAUGGGCGCUAUGGUCGGUACUACAAGAUACAUCUCCAUACCGUUUACGGAGAAACCCACCAUCAUCGGGAUUUAUAGGUCUCUGGUUCGCGUUGCACCGUUGUCAGCGCGUGCGCAUGUUUGAGUACGUGCCGUCUGCGCGUGCGACGCGCCGGUGCCACUACCACGCGCCGGCGCACGACGCCGCCUGUACCCUCGGCGCCUGGCACCCGCUGGCACAUGAGAAGACCCUUGCUGAGCGUCUGCGAGAUAACAGAGACGUACAAGUCUUUCAACAAGGAAUCAUUGAUGUUCCUGGCUUCAGAACCAUCACUUGUCAUUAAACUUAGCUCAUUAUCAUCAUGUCAUUAUUAAAGUGGCCAUAGUAGAUAGCGUAAUAAUCAUGAAUUGUACGUAGUAAUUAUAAUUUAGAUGAUAAUUAUAUAUUAGAUGGGUUAUAGUUGUUGGAAAAAGCUUUUGUUUAUGAAAUGUUGAGACCAUUUACGAUACAACCAGAUUAGUAGUUAGACUAGACUGUCAUAAAGUCAAAGCAUUUAUUUUAAUUAAACCUUAAUGUGGCACUUUUUAAACGUCAAAUUGAAUUGCCCGUCAGUCUAUCUGUCAGUGAAGCUAGGUGCUAGUUCCACAGUGUAGUUUCCAAAGGAUACUGUUUAAAAAAACAGUGGAAAAUGUAUACUGAUUUCUAUCUUUGUGCCACACUUGCGGUUAGUCUUAAAAAUCUCUGUUGGAUUGCUUGAAAGUAUCCCGUGCAAGUUCUACAAAACUGAUUUUUUACACAUUUUGUAUGGAAGAUAACUCAAAAUUCUUAAAUGUAUGGUAAUCAAAACCGGCUAUAUUAUUGAGACUGGCCGUUAAUUAAUUAUGGGCAGCGUUGGGUGGCAGCACUAGUCUAGAUUCUACGUAAGUAGGUAAAAUGAUAAUGUGACUAUGUGUACGUACCUACAUCGACAAUCUAUUUAGGUAUGCCUGUAACGAAUUGCUUUGUUUUGUUGUUGAAUUAUUAAGCUAGCCUAUGGUAAUCAUUUUAAUGGCGUUCUUAACAAUAACAACAACAAAGUCUUGUGGCAAAUAAAAAUGAAUAAGUAAACGCUUAACAAAUCGAUCUCAUUACAAAUACUCAGUUGAUUAUUUAUAAACAAGUAUUAAUGUUAACUUUAAAACAUAUAGUUGUUAACCAUAGAAUAAGUUGAAAAUAUGUCUUCCUUAUAAAAUAGUUCAAUGUACAAAGAGACUUAUAUAAAUAAAUAGUAGCGGAAAAUGUUACAUUGAUGGUAAACUGCAUUUCAGAGUUUUCUAAGUAGGUACAUCGCAUACUAAGUUCGACUUAUCGCAUGAUUAUUCCACUAAUUAAUUUUUAGUCAUUAGAAUUGAUUUGUAGAGUAGUACAUAAUACAUAAUAUCUACCUAAUAAUGCGAUAAUAAUAGUUAAAUAUCUACAGGAUGGUAUGUGUAACAUGUUCAGAAUUAUUUACAACGUUACUUAGCUGUGAUUGUGGAUGAAAUAAAACAAUUUGUACUCGUGAUAA